AUGAGGUUGUCGCGGUAUUGCACCGGCCUAUGGCUGGCGUGCACCGCCCUGGCAUACUCGACCCUCUCGGACGACACCCUCAAGAACGGCCUUCCCCACCCGCAAAAGAGCGACUUCGAUAUACACACCGGCUCUAUUCUCGCGCCCAUACUGAUUCCUCGCGUGCCGGGCACCGAGGGCUCUCUCAAAGUUCUAAACCAUUUUGUGCAGUACUUCCGGAAAGAGCUGCCAGACUGGACUAUAACAUUUCAGAAUUCGACGUCCAAGACACCGGUACAUGGGGACAAAGAGGUGCCUUUCGUCAACUUCAUUGCCACGAGAGAUCCACCGUGGACCAGGCCGGGCAAUGUCGCCCGCUUGAACCUGGUGGCACACUACGACUCGCUGAUCAAGCCGGAGGGCUUCAUCGGUGCGAUCGACUCGGCCGCACCAUGUGCGAUGAUCAUGCAUGCCGUCAAGGCGAUCGAUGCUGCGCUGACCAAGAAAUGGACUUCGAUGCAAACAGACGACUUCGACUUGGAUUUCGAGGAGCCCAGAGGAAUUCAAGUCUUGUUCUUGGACGGUGAAGAGGCAUUCCAGCGUUGGACAGACACAGACAGCAUAUACGGCGCGAGAUCACUCGCUGCGGAGUGGGACACCAAGAGGCACCCUGCUAUGAGCACCUUCAAGAGCUACCUAGACGACAUCGAGCUCUUCGUCCUGCUCGAUCUACUCGGCUCGGCAGAGAAUCCCUCCAUUCCCUCCUGGCAGCACACCUCGCACUGGUCCUACGUCCACAUGGCCAAGCUGGAGCAAAAACUGCGAGGCCUGGGCUUGUUCAAAAGCACCACCGGCGCACCCUGGCUGCCGGACGCGGACAAGUCAGAGACCUCGAGCUUCAGGAGCUACGUCAUGCAGGACGACCAUAUUCCAUUCAUCGCCAGAGGCGUGCAUGUCCUGCACCUCAUACCUGGCCAGUUUCCGAGAGUCUGGCAUAAGAUGGACGACAACGGCGACAACCUUGAUAUCCCGACGGUCGAAGAUUGGGCGCUGUUGACAGCUGCGUUUGCAGCGGAAUACAUGGAGCUGGAUGGCUUCUUCGACCCUGCUGCCCAUGCGAAAAGAGACGAUGUAUUGACUAGCAAGACGGAGUUAUGA